CACAUAUUGGGUUUACCCAAAGAACAUGGAAAAUACUUGUAUGGCCACCUGGUCGCGCUAUUAUGCCACGGCUGGUAUAUAACGUCGUCAAUGAAACGACCGCUUUGCAAUUUCCAUAUAUUUUAAUGACACGGGCAGCAUAAUUAUGAACGGUUUACAAGUGAGAAGUCAUUGCCAAUCACUGCAGACUGGCCGAAACGCUGUAGCUCGGUGGUGGCCGAGUUAUUUUUAUAUCGCUUCAAUUGCCUGUAUGAAAGAUAGCCAUCUGAGGGGGAUUAGUCAAUAAAUAACACGCAUCUGAGGAAUUCUUCUGCAUAUAACAUCUGGCUGCCUGGCUGACGGGUUAGUCUUGAGUGUAAACAGCGUGGUGUGAGAGAGAGAGGGAGAGCGCUUUAUCACGCCGUGUUACACUGCGCCACGGUUCGGCUGGAGAUGGCAGUUUGUGGGGGCACCUGUGAACCCGCCUCUUCCCCGUCCCUGGGACGCGGAUCCGUUACCCCCUCGCCAGACGGACCUGCUAUCCACGGGAAAGACAUGUCUCCCGCGGAGACACCGAGGAAAAACAAGAGGAAACUGAGUUCUCCCAGAAAGCGUGCGGACUUCAGUAUUAAGAGACUGUGCCCGGAGACAAGUCCCGGGAGUGCCAUGUCGGACUCCGGGUGCAGUGAGGAUUUUGAGGGGUGGGAGGAACCCCCGGACACGCCCGACCCCGCCUAUCUACCAGAGCCGGACGACUCUUCCCAGGGAGUCGGCGAACGAGGCAAUUCGGCUCGUUACGUCCCAAUGACAAACAUUAUGAACGGAAUAAGAGCGAACUGUGUCGUGCCAAGCAUAUACUUGAACAAGACUCACUUCUCAAUUCCACCCACCGCGUUAAUUCCUGGAUUUUCUGCUUUAAAAAUUCCCACAGCAUUUCCAGACGGAAUCACAGCCCGACAGGUGGAACUGGUGGGCAGAACAAGUGUUCACGGAUUCGAGACUCAGGACCAGGACGACCCUGAUGAUUACAUCUCUGGUAAAGGCAGCAGCAGGAAGCAGAGGAAAAACUACAAGAACAUGACGAGAGAGAGGCGAGUUGAAGCCAACGCCAGGGAGCGAUCCCGUGUCCACACGAUCAGUGCUGCGUUUGAUGCCCUCAGACAGGCUGUGCCGUCAUACUCAUACAAUCAAAAACUUUCUAAACUCGCCAUUCUUAGGAUUGCAAGCAGUUACAUCAUGGCACUUGCGAGACUGGCAGACUUGGACUAUUCUCAAGAACAAAACUCUUGGUCAUUUUCCGAGUGUGUAGAUAUGUGUACCAGGACCAUUCAGACAGAAGGCAGAGCCAGGAGACGGCACUAACUUAUAUAUAUAAUAUAUAUAUAUAUAUAUAGUUACGUCUCUUAAGAUGACUCUACAUACGAUUAAUGGUGUUAGAAUAUCAAACCCCUGUGGUUAUGUGUCUUCUAGACCUACUAGAAGAAAUGGCUGGACUACCAAACUCUGUGGUUUUGGUGUCUACAAGGAUCUACCAAACAGAAUGGCUGGGAUACUAAACUCGUGUGGUUUUGUCGAACAGGACCUAUUAAAAAGAAAGACCAGAAUACCAGACUCGUGUGGUUUUACAUUUACGAGGACCUACCAAAACGAAUGGCUAGAAUACCAAAACUCGGGUGGUUUUACACCUACAAGGACCUACCAGAAAGAAUGGACGUGGUCAGAAGACACCGCCGACGUAUUUAAUUAUACUAAGACCCUUAAGUCACAAGGGCAGGCUAGGAUGCCACUUUUAGCAAAUGCAAAUCAAUAAUAAACCAAAAUCUGUGAUAUUUAUCUCAACUUUGCUAUUGAUGUUCAGUGUGUUUUAGUGGAUGACAUGACAUCUACUUUUUGUUCGUUGUGGAUUUUUAUGCUUUGUUAAUGUGCUUUUGUUCAUGCAAUAUGUUGUUGGUUCGUAUAUUUUGUUAAAUGCUUAUAAUGUUUUUAGCAAUAAACAAAUGCUUGUUAUUUAACAGAUAAGCAUUGUCAAACAUU